CGGCACCGGGCUGGGGCUCCCCGCACCUGGCCCGGCGAUUGAAGCUGCGGUCCGCGGAGCUCGCUCGGCUCGCGGGGCCGCAGGGGCGGAGGCGGCCUGGGACAAGCUGGCUCGUCCCCCGAGCUCCUGGCUCACACAGACUGCAGCUGCAGGGCAGCCAUGAGCCUGGUGGCCUGUGAAUGCCCACCUGGCCCGGGCGUGGAGCCUGAGCCCUGCUCACGGGCCCGGUCCCAGGCCUGCGUUUACCUGGAGCAGAUUCGUAACCGUGUAGCUACGGGGACACCCGACAUGAGCAAGCGUGACUACUUGGUAGACGCAGCCACACAGAUCCGGCUGGCCCUGGAGCGUGACGUCAGUGAGGACUACGAGGCAGCCUUCAACCACUACCAGAACGGUGUGGACGUGCUGCUCCGUGGUGUACAUGUUGACCCCAACAAGGAGCGGCGUGAGGCGGUAAAGCUGAAAAUUACCAAGUACCUGCGGCGGGCGGAAGAGAUCUUCAACUGUCACCUGCAGCGGACACUGGGUGGCGGAGCCAGCACUGACACGGGCUUUAGCAGCCUGAGGCUCCGGCCCAUCCGCACCCUGAGCUCUGCCCUGGAGCAGCUGAGGGGCUUCCGAGUGGUCGGGGUCAUUGAGAAGGUGCAGCUGGUCCAGGACCCAACAUCUGGAGGGACCUUCGUGGUGAAGAGCCUGCCCAGGUGCCACGCGGUGAGUCGCGAGCGGUUGACCAUCAUCCCGCAUGGGGUCCCCUACAUGACAAAGCUGCUGCAGUACUUUGUGAGUGAAGACUCCAUCUUCCUGCACCUGGAGCAUGUGCAAGGAGGCACGCUGUGGUCCCACCUCCUCUCCCAGGCGCACCCCCAACACCCUGGACGCCGGUCUGGCCCUGCCCUGGAGAAGUCAAAAGCUCAGCUCAACACCCACCGGGGCCUCCCGAGCCCGGCGCGGCCUCCCCCGGGCCACACCCCGGGGCGGACUUCUCCUCGGAGUGUCCCCGCAGCAGUCGGGGAGGCCCCGAGCCUCAGGCCUUCGGCCAGGACCAGCGCCUCCUCCUCCUCCUCCUCCUCCUCCGACCUCUCCUUGAGCAGCCAAGCCAGGCGAGCCGGCCACAGCUCGAACCCUGCGCCCACGCGGGGGCUCCGCUGGGUUCGUGAGGGGGCCGACCGGGUGCUGGGCAGCUGUGGCCGAGACGGGGCCCGCGUGGGGCGGGGCGGGGCCGUCCCGAGCGCGGGGGACGAGCAGGUGAGGCAGUGGGCGGCCGAGAUGCUGCUGGCGCUGGAGGCGCUGCACGAGCACGGGGUGCUGUGCCGGGACCUCAACCCGCGGAACCUGCUCCUGGACCAGGCAGGUCACAUCCGGCUCACGUAUUUUGGCCAGUGGUCAGAAGUGGAGCCCCAGUUUAGCAGGGACGCUGUGGACUGCUUGUACAGUGCCCCAGAGGUCGGAGGGAUCUCUGAGCUGACUGAAGCCUGUGAUUGGUGGAGCUAUGGGUCACUGCUGUAUGAGCUGCUCACGGGAAUGGCACUGUCCCAGAGCCACCCCUCAGGAUUCCAGGCUCACACCCAGCUCCAGUUGCCAGAGUGGCUCAGUCGCCCAGCAGCCUCUCUGCUGACCGAGCUGCUGCAGUUCGACCCACAGCAGCGCCUCGGUGCUGGAGAAGGUGGGGCUCGCAAACUCAAGUCCCACCCCUUUUUCAGUACUAUCCAGUGGAGCAGACUGGCAGGGUAAGGGGUGGGUCAGUGGGCAAGGAAGCAGCUGGCCUGGCUCUCCUGUCUGCCUGCCACAAGGGCUGUCCCCUCCGAUCAGUGAGCUUCAGGAGAACAAUGUAGGACAGCAGCUGCCUUUCUGCGCUCCGCUUCCAGCUUGGGCCUCAUAAGCAAGACUGUCGCUGCCCAGUAGGGGGCAGUCUGAGGAGCAGCUGAAUCCAGGCCCUACUUGCCAGCACCCUGAACCCAUCAGGCAACACACACCUGUUGAGUGCAACUACCAUAUGCCUUUAACAUGGUCCUGUCAUAUGUUAAGGGGUGCCUUCUGUCACUCCAGCUCUGCACUUCUCAGCCAAAUGACAAGUUCACUGACACACUCACUGCCAUGUUGUGCCCAUUGGGACAUUCAUGGAGACUCGACUCAGGACAGUGAUUCAGUGGCUCAGUGGACCCAAACCAGAGCUGUCCUGGGGACAUCUUAGACAUGUGACCACUAGGCUGCUUCUGCCAGAAGCUGUUCCCACAGGAGUGGGAAGGGUGGGAAGCAGGGACAUCUGAGGGGGACAGGAGGGUUCCUGACCAGGCCCUAACUUAUGGCUAUGGAGAACAAAAGGGAGGGAGGGGAGGGACCUAAAAAGCCAGAAGGAGGUCGGGGGAGGGAAGGAAUGCAUUUCUGCCACUCGGUUAAGUAUGAAAACAGAAUAAAGGAGCUCAAGUAAUCGGUUAGCAUGCGGUACUUAUAUGAAAUAAAGAGCUUUCUUCCCCAGCCAGCCCAUCUGUGACAGGGGAGCCUGGCUCAUGGGUCUGAGAUUACCGUCUCAGGCCUUGAGUCUGUUUGCCAUACUCAGUUCUAUGCCUACUGAAAGAGAAUCUACAAAACACAUUAACUACUUUACCCAUAUGUUCAGCCAGAAGCAAGAUUUUCUGGUAUGAAGAACUGUGGUGAGUAUCCCACAGAUAACUCCCUAGGUUUGAGGCUCCUCUCCAGACUCCCUGGAUCACUGGGUAUAGUGCCUGAGACAAACUUCCAUCUGACCUGUCCACAGCGUCUCCUAGCCAGUGUCUACACCACUCGGUGGCACUUCUGACACUGUCCAUGGGUUGGGCAACUCCCACCUGACUGCUUGUAACCUAAGGAGGCCCAAUAUUCCUCAGAUUCUCAGAGUGACUCAGGGCCAGAGAAUAGGGGAAAACACAGCCUGUUGUCCCAAGCUCCAUGGCCAUGACCUGGCUGUCCCUGGGGUUUGUCUACUAAUAAAGCCUGCUCUUCCUGCA